AUGAUAUCUCUCGACCACCUCAUCGAGCUCGCCACGGCGCACAAGGUGCCCGUUACAGCCGUCGCCAGCAUCAUCCUCAUUACCCUCAUCAAUCGCCUCUUGUUCAACAGUGGUCUUAAUUCUGAAGAGGCUGCAAAGAAAGGCGUAUCUACGUCCCGUGUCUUUCAAUGGGACCCCUUCUAUGGUCUUGACAUGGUCUACGGUCAAGUCAAAGCCCUCAAGAAUGACUACUACCUCGACUGGCUGCGUCGCCUCCACCGCAACAGGCCAAAGACCUUCUCAAUCAACUUCUUUGGUAUUCGUCAGAUAUGCACCAUUGAAAGUGAGAACCUAAAGGCCAUUCAGGCAACCAAUUUCAAGGAUUUCGGCCUGGAGCCGAUGCGACGUAAGACAAAGGGUGCUAUGCCCUUCGCGGAUAAAGGCAUUAGUACCACUGAUGGCAAGAACUGGGAGUUUGCACGCUUCCUCGUCAAACCCUUCUUCUACCGUGAGGUCUACGCCAGUAUUGAUCGCGUCCGCCCUUACGUUGACAGGUUUAUGGCGCUGCUUCCUGAGGAAGACGGCGUCGAGUUCGAUGCGCAGCCUCUAAUCCAACGAUGGUUCCUUGAUCUUACCAGUGAAUUCAUAUUCGGCGAGUCCAUGAAUUCCAUGGACCACCCUGAUCGCGCAGACAUCACCUGGUCUAUGCUCACAGUCCUCCGCGGCGGCCGUCUCCGCAUCCAAUUUUACCGCUUCCUCUGGGCCUUCAAUUGGAACUGGUGGCUCGAAGCCGUGUACAAGGUACACGACUUUGUCAAUGUGCACAUCCGCAGCACCUACGCCGAGAUUGAGGAGCGUAAAACACUCGUCGCCGAGGGUAAGGAGGUCGGUCCUGAGCGUACUGAUCUGCUGUGGUUUAUGGCAUCGAAUGUGCCCGAGGAAGAGGAGCUCAGGUCGCAGCUUUGCCUUGUGUUUGUUCCUAACAAUGACACCACUUCCAUCUUUAUUAGCAACUGCUUGUGGCACUUGGCCCGUCAUCCCGAGGCAUGGAAGAAGCUCCGCGAGGAAGUGGCUUCCUGCGGUACAGAGCAGCCGACUUUUGAGUCACUCCGCCGCAUGACUUAUCUCAACGGUGUGAUGAACGAGACUCACCGCCUUACCCCCAACAACGUUGUUCAGGUCCGCGCCGCCCUUAACGACUCCACCCUCCCUGUGGGAGGCGGUCCCCAUGGUAAGCUACCUAUGCAGGUGCGCAAGGGCGAUCUCGUCUCCGUCACAAAGACAGUCAUGUAUCGUGACCCUGACAUCUGGGGCCCGGACGCUGAUGAGUUCCACCCUGAGCGACACGAUGGUCUGCGUGGAACAUGGGACUUCCUGCCCUUUGGUGGUGGUCCUCGUCGCUGCCCAGCGCAGAUGAUGGUUCAGACCGAGGCUGGCUAUAUGCUGUAUCGCAUGGCGCAGAAGUUUAGCCGUAUUGAGUCGCGCGACUCAGCGCCUUAUACGCCUGUUAUGCGUAUUGGGCCAUCUAAUAAGACUGGCACUAAGAUCGCGUUGUAUAAGUAG